CUUCAGUCAGCGCCAGUUGCCAGUGCGUAUCGUACCACGACGGAGAAGGUGGUGUUACUCCCAGUUUGAUUGGACAAGGCUUCCGCGAUCGUUGUCGUUAAUACGUCAAUUCGUGAGCGUAAUACCGGGUCGUCGCGCCGAUACAGUCAUCAGUACGAAUGUACAAACGUGAACAUAGCCGUGUUUGUCUUGUGGCUGUUAACGAAAGUACUUUGUGAAUUGUGUCGAGAUCUGGUCGUACGUGUGUUUUGUCUUUCUUUGCGGUAUUUCGUUUCUCUUCCCUUUGCCCCCAUUCGUUCCUGUACGAGGGAGCCAAUUACAAAAAUGAGUGCCAUGAUACUGUGGAUUGUUACGGCGAUUAUCGCCGUCACAACGACGGUAAAUGCCGCCGGUCUCAAGUGCGACAACGUCAGGCCGAUUUUUGAGGCGCAAGGGUUCCCGCUCAGCGACAUUCCGAAGGAAGCAAUUUCAUCGAAAGAACUGAAAGUAUGUGGCAGCGCCAGAAGCGGUGGCGAAGUAUGCUGCUCAGCCGACAUGGAAUUGAGACUGCAAGCGCGAGCACGUGACAAGCACGAGAAGGCCACCAAAGAGACUCUUCACAGAAUGUAUAUGGUGCUGGCAAUGCGGGGAAACAGGUUCCAUAGUUUUUUUAAGGACUUAUUGGCAGCCAGCAAACGAGGCUUUCAUGAGAUGUUCAAGAAGACCUACGGUAUCCUUUAUGAACAGAACGCGUAUGUCUUCACGGACUUCUUCAACGAGCUGGAGAAUUACUACGCGAAGGGAACAGUGGAUCUCGACGAAGCCAUGGACAAUUUCUUCAACACCCUCUAUCAGAAAAUGUUCACCGUGCUCAACAGCCAAUACAACUUUGACAAUAAAUAUCUGGAAUGCGUGGGUGAACACAUGAAAGAGAUGCGGCCGUUCGGGGACGUGCCGCAGAAAUUGGGCGUGCAGAUCAAACGAUCCUUCGUCGCCACGAGAGCCUUCAGCCAAGCUCUAACGGUCGCCGCGAACGUUCUGAAAAAUAUGCAAACGCUGAAACCAUCAGUGGAUUGCGCAGCUGCCCUGACCAGGAUGACAGCUUGUCCGUCUUGCAGCGGUAUAUCGGACGACGUGCUGGCGUGCGGCGACAUGUGCGCCAAUGUGAUGAAGGGUUGCUUGGCACAACACGUGGCACUCGACACUGAAUGGAAUCACUUUGUCGAGGCUGUGGACAAAGUCGCUGAUCGGUUGCUCGGCCCGUUCAACAUCGAGGUGUUGGUGCGUCCAAUCAAUCUGAAGAUCUCUGAGGCAAUCAUGAAUUUCCAGGAGAGCAGUCACGAUGUGUCACAACGUGUGUUCACUGGUUGCGGCCGGCCGAUGCUAGGUAGACGUAGACGCAGGGACAAUCGCGAGCUGGAGCUGGAAUCUCUAAACUUUGAGCAGGAAACAUUAACCGAAGAUCGCAGUUCCACUGCUGCGAUCCUAGACAAAUUGGUGAAAGAGAUACGCCAGCGAGUGCGUGAUCUCAAACAAUUUUGGAUCUAUCUUCCCUAUCGGCUAUGCAACGAGGGUCUGGUUGUGUCGCCUAGCAACACGAAAGAAUGUUGGAACGGCACGCACGUAGACAAAUAUAUAUACCCGGUGUCCUCGGAUGGCGAAACUCAAAUGAUGAACCCCGAAGUGCGCAGUAUGGGGCCAAGACCUACCAUCGUGAGGGAUCAGGUUUUCGCGCUUACUACCAUUACAAAUAGAUUGAGAUUAGCGUUCAACGGGCAAGACGUCGAUUGGAUCGACACAGAAGAAACAUGGUACGGUUCCGGCAGCGGUUCUGGCGAUGGUGCGUUCACCGAUGACGAGGACGGCUUCAAGGAGGGUUCCGGUUUCGAGCCGCCGCACGUGGAAUCGGAGUCGGAACCACCAAAACAGCCGUCCCCGCCGAUCGUUCACGAGAUCGAAACGCCGCCACGAGUGGAUAUUGAGCCGCACAAGGGUACAGGUACGAGCAGCACAGGCGCGGAUAACAACCAGACCACUGCUGUAGAUAACAGCAGCGGUGCCAGUAGACAGAAGAUGUCGCUGUCCAGGGCGCUGACAACGUACCUGGUGCCGAUAGUAGUAAUGUGGUUCGGCGGUUGCCUCAACGACUUCCUGUGAUCGUGUGGAUCUCGCGACUCUGAGCCUAAU